CUGAAAAAAUGGUUUGCAGGGUACAUAUGGUAUGUUGCGACUUAUAAUUUCUCUUAGUACGACAUACAUAAAUGGAAUAUUGGAGUGAUUUCUUGAGGAUUGCAAUUAUAAUACUUGCCUUUCAGCGAAUCUCAUUAACACCCAAAUAAAUAACAUAGAAUACCCCGAAAAACAUAUGCUAUUCUGAAAACCUGUAAAUAUUUAAAGACAACUCUUCUGCAAGACCUUGGGUAUUGUGUGCUUUGACGAUUUUAUUCAAUAAUGUUAAGUGAUGAAACAAAAGAGCCGUCAUCAGCAAACAGGAAGUCGCUACAUAAUAAUAACAGCGGUAACUUCAACCAAAAUAAAAGCAUUAAAAGUCUACAUGAAUUAUUUCUCGAAAUACUGGAUGCAGUGCUAUCAUGUGUCAUAGUUGCUCCUUGCGUAAUUGCCUAUUGGCGCGGAACUUGGGAACUAAUGGGUAUAUUGUUGUUCCCGCGAAGCAUUCCGCUUUCUGCGCUGAUGUCUUUUCUGAUCGGCGGUUUGGGACAUUUUUUUUUUACAGUUACGCAAUCUAUGUUUCGAAAUUACAUAAAUCCGGAUAACCGCCGUCUCACCUAUUACGUAAUAUCGCGCAGUUAUACAGCUUUAUUUGGUAUAGUAUGUGUUAAUAUGUGGCGAGGCUCGUGGAUUCUUUGCGAUUGGCUAACCAGUGCUGACUCACUAGUUAUAAUAUCCGCUGUUACGUUUGUAUCUAUUAUGUUCUUGAUUUCAACUCGCACUGUUCGCAAUUUGGGUGCUGCGCCUUAUUCUGUUACAAUGGACCAUAAAAGUGAUUAUUUUGAUGUCGACACCAUGUUUAAAAUACCA